CGUAUUCGUGAAGGAGUAGUCGCCGGUUCGCUUCUCCUGUUACACUCAGUCACCUGGGUGCUGUGGAGAUUAUUAAUAUAAUCAUUAACAGCAGCAUUAUCAUCGAGUCCAGUUAUCCGCCUGUAGCAGUGGUUAGCACGCUUGUUGUUUUUUCUUUUUAAUAAAGCAGAGUACCUGAGGUGCUGUGGAGUGCUUGAAACAUGUCAGUAGUGGGGUUCGAUGUGGGGUUUCAGAGCUGUUAUGUAGCUGUAGCCAGAGCCGGUGGGAUAGAGACCAUCGCUAACGAGUACAGCGACAGAGCCACACCGGCCUUUGUGUCUUUUGGUCCUCGAAAUCGGGCAAUAGGAGCAGCCGCAAAGAGCCAGGUGGUCACAAACUGCAAGAAUACCGUCCAAGGCUUUAAGCGAUUUCAUGGAAGGGCAUUCACUGACCCAUACAUCCAGUCAACAAAGUCCAGCCUGGUCUAUGACCUCGCUCAGAUGCCCACUGGGACCACGGGCAUCAAGGUCAUGUACUUGGAGGAAGAGAAAGUGUUCAGUAUUGAGCAGGUCUCUGCUAUGCUUCUGACCAAACUGAAGGAGACCGCUGAGGCUGCGCUCAAAAAGCAAGUGGCAGACUGCGUCAUUUCUGUUCCCUGCUUCUUCACGGAUGCAGAGAGAAGAUCUGUUAUGGAUGCUGCUCAGAUUGCUGGCCUUAACUGCCUACGACUGAUGAAUGAGACCACUGCAGUUGCCCUGGCAUAUGGCAUUUACAAGCAGGAUCUUCCUGCCCCUGAGGAGAAACCCAGGACUGUCGUGUUUGUGGAUGUUGGUCAUGCAGGAUAUCAGGUUUCUGCCUGUGCCUUUAAUAAGGGGAAGUUAAAGGUCCUGGCAUCUGCGUUUGACAGCCAGCUAGGUGGUAAAGACUUUGAUGAGAUACUUGUUCAGCAUUUCUGCGAUGAGUUUGCCAAGAAGUACAAACUAGACGUGCGCUCAAAGCCUCGCGCUCUGGUGCGCCUCUAUCAGGAGUGUGAGAAGCUGAAAAAGCUCAUGAGCGCCAACUCCUCCGACCUGCCGCUCAACAUCGAAUGCUUCAUGAAUGACAUCGACGUUAGUAGCAAACUCAACAGAGGCGAUUUUGAGGAAAUGUGUGCAGCGCUACUGGCUAAGGUUGAGGGACCCCUGCGCAGCGUGCUCGAACAGGCCAAGCUAAAGAAAGAGGACAUUUACGCAGUGGAGAUUGUAGGUGGUGCCUCUCGGAUCCCUGCCAUCAAAGAGCGAAUCAGCAAAUUCUUUGGGAAGGAGCUGAGCACAACGCUAAAUGCGGAUGAGGCAGUGGCCAGAGGCUGUGCACUGCAGUGUGCAAUCCUGUCUCCUGCUUUCAAAGUACGUGAAUUUUCCAUCACAGAUGUGGUUGCGUAUCCCAUCUCUCUAAGAUGGAAUUCAGCAGCAGAGGAAGGCUUAAGUGAUUGUGAAGUAUUCCCUAAAAACCAUCCUGCACCUUUCUCUAAAGUGUUAACCUUUUAUCGCAAGGAACCCUUCUCCCUGGAGGCCUACUACAAAAACCCGAAGGAGCUGCCGUAUCCCGAUCCUACCAUCGGUCAGUUCACUAUCCAGAAGGUGUUGCCUCAGGCAUCAGGCGAGUGUUCGAAGGUGAAGGUGAAGGUGCGUGUGAAUGUACACGGGGUGUUUAGCGUUUCCAGUGCCUCCCUAGUAGAAGUACUAAAGGCUGGAGAAGGUGAAGAACCCAUGGAGACGGACUCCGCUGCCAAAGAGGAAGAGAACAAGAUGCAAGUGGACCAGGAGGAGAAAAGCCAAAGUGAUGGGCCGAAAGAGAAUGCAGAUAAGAAAUCUGACGCUGAGGAUAUGGAGACCGAAGAAAACAAACAGGAAAAGAAGAACGACCAGCCUCCACAAGCCAAGAAAGCCAAAGUAAAGACCAAGACUGUGGAAUUGCCCAUUGAGAACAGCCUACACUGGCAGCUUGCUAAUGAUAUGCUCAAUCUGUUUGUUGAGAAUGAGGGGAAAAUGAUCAUGCAGGACAAACUGGAAAAGGAGAGGAACGAUGCUAAGAACGGGGUUGAGGAGUACGUGUAUGAGAUGAGAGACAAACUGCAUGGGGUACUGGAGAAGUUUGUCAGCGAGGAGGAUCGAGAUACUUUUAGCUUAAAACUUGAAGACACCGAAAACUGGCUGUAUGAAGACGGAGAGGACCAACAGAAGCAGGUGUACAUCGAUAAACUGACAGAGUUAAAGAAAUUUGGACAGCCCAUCCAGGAGCGAGCGAGAGAGGCAGAAGAGAGACCGAAAGCCUUCGAGGAGCUCGGGAAGCAAAUUCAAAAGUACUUGAAGAUUUUGGAAGCUUACAAAGCAAAGGACGAACAGUAUGAUCACCUGGAUGAGCUGGAGGUGAUGAAGGUGGAAAAGCAGGUGAACGAGGCCAUGAACUGGAUGAACAACAAAAUGAAUGAACAGAGCAAGCAGAGUCUGACACUACAGCCUGUUAUUAAAGCCUGUGAGAUACAAGCCAAAACCAAGGAGCUGUCCUCCACUUGCAACCCCAUCAUGUUAAAACCCAAACCCAAAGUUGAGCUCCCGAAGGAAGAUAAGACGCCCGAACAGAACGGCCCAGUGAACGGACAGGAAGGCUCAGAGGCUCAGAACAGCAGCCCUAACAAAGACCAACCGACUCCUGAAUCCACAGAGGCCAAACCACCAGAAAUGGACAUCGACUAACUUUCUUUUAUCAGCUUCAGCGUUCUCUCAGCUAGUCUCCUGGUCAUUGACUGAAACAAGCUACUCGUUAGUUUCGUUUUCAGAAAGCUCCACAAAUCCUUCCUGAACUUGUCGUGUAUGCGCUCCUUUUUUUUCUUCUUCUUCUUUUUUUUCCUGUAUAAACUAAGGUUGCACUUUUGUUGUUGUUUUUUUUUUCACAUUAAAGAAAGCUGAACUUGAAGAUGGGGGGAUUUUUGUUCUGUUUCACUUUGAAAUAUUCAUGUACAUGGUCGGAAAGUUAGCUUGGAGUUAAACAGCUGACGACAAUAUAUGUUUGAGAAACUGCACAAGUUUCAUUUUGAUGGGUAUUUUUCUAUUUUUAUUGGAGAAACAUUUGCUUUUAGUUUUGCGUUGUUUUUUGUAAUGUUUAAUGAUUAUCUUCAUUACUACAAAUUAAAAUGAAGUAUGAAAAGCACUGGAAAGGAAUGAAAUGUAAAAUAAGACCAGAUGUUAAACAGGUCUGAAUGUAGAAACAGAUCUAUUCCUGUAGUGCCACACAUGGAUGGGGUUUAUGCGUGUCGUAGCUUUUUCCGAGUUCUCAUGAGGUGCAAUGUUUAUGCCUUGCUGCCAGGACGAAUAGUAGAGACCAACUACGUGGUAUUUUUCAGUCACAGUAAUAAAAUUACUCAUUUUUGGUACACUGAUCCAGACGCUGUUUGAAACGCAAUUCAUUUGGAGGUAAAGUUCUCCUGCAGAACCCUGUAUGGGGUGCUACGAUCUCAUCCCUUCAUGUUCUUUCAGAGGAAAAGCAAAAAGGUUGUAUAUAAUGUUUUGGUUUUGCAGAAUAUUUAUGCUUUCCGUUUUGCUGAGGUGAAAUAAAGGACUUGUAAGGA